UCGUGCUGUUCGUGGACUGCGCUUAGAGACGGAUUCGUUAUUCUUAGCCUGAACCACUACCACUAUUCGAAGUCGGUUUGUUUGUUGUUGUCGUUGAGAUUUGACAUCCUAAGAUAGAGCAAAAUAUCUUCAAAAUAUAAAAUAAUAACGCCAAUAAUGAAUGAAGAUGAGAUAUUGGAAUGCGGUAUGGUGGUAUUGGCCAACGUUCUAUUGCUUCUAGGAGAGGUGGAAUUGGAAGAACUUCAACGCACUUUCUUUUGGGAAAAGGUGACUGUCAAUGUCGACGAGUACCUCAAUUACAGGGACCCUACAUUCCGAUGGCACUGUAGGUUGUCCAAAACUCAGUUUGAAAUUCUGUGCGAAGAGUUGGUCGAACACCUGGAGGCCAAUAGAGAAAUAGUGCGGGUAGGAAGGGAUUUCCGCCAUAAAGUGCUCAUGGUACUGUGGAUCCUUGCAACCCCAGACACCUUUCGUAGUGUUGCCCUCCGCUUUGUUGUGCACCCUGGUGAAGUGCAUAGGUAUUACACAAAAAUCACAGGAGGUCUUUGUGAUCUUGGUGCCAGAUAUAUAUAUUGGCCUGAUGCACAUGAAAGAACUCGAAUUAGUGCUGCAUUAGAGGAAGUUUCUGGUCUGCAGGGUGUUGUAGGAAUGCUGGAUGGCAAGCAUAUGGUGAUGACAGCCCCAGGAGAAGAGCCAGCUGCCUUCAGAGACCGUCAUCAUGGUUAUUCUAUCAAAGCCAUGGCUGUGUGUGACCAUGAGCUUAAAGUGCGUGAUUUGUAUGUGGGGGAGGCAGGGAGUUUACACGACGCAAGAGCAUUUAGGCGUAGUCCUCUGUAUCAGAGCGUUAUGUUUGAUGAGACCUUCAUGGCCGAAGGAGAAUACAUGAUUGGAGACUCAGCAUUUCCAAUUCUUGAUCGACUUGUUGUUCCAUUUAUUAACAAUGGUCAUCUAACACCAAGGCAAGUCCAAUUUAAUCGGGCCUUAUCAAGGAUCCGGGUUCGCAUAGAGCAUACCUUUGGAAGACUCACAAAUAUAUGGAGGCGAUCGCGCAAUAUAUUUGUGUAUAAUAUGGACUACAUGGUGGAUCACACCUGUGCAUCCUUUGUUCUGCACAAUUUCAGACUCUACCAC